AUGCCCACUGUUCACCUGUUGGACUAUGUCGCCGGCAACAUCAGGAGCCUGGUAAAUGCCAUUGAGAAGUCUGGUUACGAAGUAGAAUGGGUCAGAUCGCCGGAAGACGUUCCAAAGGCAGAGAAACUCAUCCUCCCCGGUGUCGGCCACUUUGGACAUUGUCUAUCCCAAUUGUCACAAGCUGGCUAUCUUGAGCCAGUUCGAAAGCACAUUGCUGAUGGAAAGCCAUUCUUCGCUGUAUGUGUCGGCUUACAAGCCCUAUUUGAGGGUUCUGUAGAGGACCCCGACAUCCCCGGCCUCGGAGUCGUUCCAGCUUCCUUGGAUCGUUUCGAGGACUCAAAUAAAUCCGUCCCCCACAUCGGGUGGAACAACGCUUUCACAGCUGGGCGAGCCAUGUACGAUCUUCAACCGGACUCAAAGUACUACUAUGUUCACUCUUACAAAUGCCCCUACAAGCCGGGUGAGCUUGAGUCACAGGGGUGGACUGUCGCUACUGGAACCUAUGGUACCGAGACUUUCGUAGGCGCCAUUGCGAAGGGAAACAUUUUUGCAACCCAGUUUCACCCCGAAAAGUCUGGCACUGCAGGUUUGAAAACUAUCCGGGCUUUCCUCACAGGUGAAGGCGCAAAGGAUCUUGGUACCGUUGUUGACGAGACUGUCGCCAAUGCCCCGAUCAAAUUCGAGGACAGCUUAACACGGCGAGUCAUUGCCUGUCUAGAUGUGAGGACAAAUGACCAGGGUGACUUGGUCGUUACAAAGGGUGAUCAGUACGAUGUUCGCGAGAAGGGCGAUGACCGCAACGUGCGAAACCUCGGCAAGCCUGUCGAGAUGGCUAAGAAAUACUACGAAUCCGGUGCCGACGAGGUGACUUUUCUCAACAUCACUUCUUUCAGAGACUGCCCUGUUGCCGAUCUCCCUAUGCUCGAGGUUCUUCGUCAAACGUCUCGCACCGUCUUUGUGCCCUUGACCAUCGGCGGUGGUAUUCGUGACACAAUGGAUACUGACGGCACAAAGGUGUCAGCCCUUGAAAUUGCGAGCAUGUAUUUCAAGUCUGGCGCUGACAAGGUCUCAAUCGGCUCCGACGCUGUUCUUGCUGCUGAAGAGUACUACUCUAUAGGCCGCAAGCUCUUUGGCAAUACUGCCAUUGAGCAGAUCUCACGCGCCUAUGGUAACCAAGCCGUCGUUGUGAGCGUUGAUCCCAAGCGUGUCUAUGUUCCCAAGCCUGAUGCCACCCGUCACAACAUCAUAAAGACGCAAUUUCCUGGUCCUAAGGGCGAGGAAUACUGUUGGUACGCUUGUACAAUCAAAGGCGGUCGUGAGACUCGUGAUAUGGAUGUUGUCGAGCUUGCCCAAGCCGUUGAAGCAAUGGGAACCGGAGAGAUCCUUCUCAACUGCAUUGACAAGGACGGUACCAAUAGUGGGUUUGACCACGAGCUCAUCAACCAGGUGAAGGGAGCUAUCAAGAUCCCCGUCAUUGCCUCAAGCGGUGCUGGCAACCCGGCUCAUUUCGAGGAAGUCUUUGAGAAGACUGCUACGGAUGCUGCUUUGGGGGCCGGUAUGUUCCACCGCGGCGAGUACACCGUUAAACAGGUAAAGGACUACUUGAAGGAAAGGGGUCUCAAAGUUAGACAAUUUGAGGAAUGA